AUGGCAACCUUUCUCAUGACACUUGCGCUCGCCGAUGGCGCGUCCAAGUUUUUCUGGAGACAGGCGAUCCGAGGUGACGUGCCCCUAGCUGAUCUUCAUUAUCAUUGGAAAGCGGCCACUGGCGCCUUGAGUGCCUUAACCACCUUGAAGCAGCGGAGAGCCAUUCGCGUUAGCGUGGUGACCCUCCUCAUGGCCGCAACCAACUUGCUCCGAGGUCCUAUGAUGCAGAGAGCAUUGAGUGUUCGGACCGUUGACUUAACGCCCAAAGGUGAUUUGGAGCUCGGAGUUCUGCCAACCACUCGAGUAUGGGAUCUUGAGCCACCUGAGGGUUAUGAUUGGAAACGCCCCUUGUGGGAUGUGGUACGCGAGUACCGAGCCAAGACUCCCAUGAGGAUUCCUGGGGCCGAAUCCUGCAACAAUUGCACGGUAGAUGUAGAGCUUAUGGGAUUCGAUUACUCUACUUCGACUUCGAAGAAGUUUUCGUACAAUCUUUCGGAGCGUCCUAUGAAAAAUGCCACUCGACGUGAUGAGGACAUCUUCAAAAUUGAGAGCUUUGCAAAUGCUGAUUACGUCACGAUCUCCGUGACACGGAAGAUGGACGAGGAUUGCGAGACCCAUCUUAUCACGACGGAACAUUACCUAUACCCCGCGUCAGUAAAACAUAAAUUGCUAUUGGACGGAGGGAACGCAACUUUCGUGUCAAAGAGCUGGAGCGACGACUACGUUGCUGAGAGGCGGUAUGUGUUUAUCUUAUCUUCUAUCGUCGUGUUUGAACUAACAUCUCGAAGGAAGCUUGGGUUUUCAUCAGCCAAUACCAUGAACAACAGACUCAACUACUUCCGGAUAAUGGUUGAUAAACUUUUCGCCGCCCGAACAACCUUGACCGUAGCAUGGGGGGACGUCCAGCUCGACACAACACUUGAACAGGGAACGUACUUUGACCCGAUCUUUACGGAGCAUGAAAACCCAAAAGAUCCCAAAACCAAAGUCCAGUAUCGGGUUCACAGUGAUGGACUUCUCUCCGACUUAUAUCAACAGGGACGCAGCGUUAAGUGUGGCCAAGCAUUUCAGGAUCCAAUGGAUGACAUCCUAAACACAUACCGCGAACUUACCUUGCGCCUGGCCAUCUGGGAUGCAAGAAAUAGGAGCGACGCUGCAAUUUCUGCGGGUGACAAGACAGGAAAGUCAAAUUUUUUCCAGGCCGUGAAGUACACGCGGCCCGAGCAGAUUCAGGCCGAGUACACUGCGAACAGAACCAACUUGGCCGUGGCAGUCUUCGUCAGUCUUCUUGGGCCACUGGCCACUCUUGUACUCUUCUGGGGCUUCUGGGAGCUUGGACGAGACUUCUCGAUGAGCCCACUUGAGCUCGCCAACGCCUUCCUAGCCGGAUCAGCGCCACGAAAAGCGACAGCCGAGACGGACAGCGACACAAACAGACCAGUGACAAUAACUGAGAGCGAAGUGACGCCCAAUCGCAACCAACUCGCCACUAUUCUCGCCGGAUGCAGUAGCAAUGCUUCUGCUGAUGACAUCGUCAGCCACAUUCUAAAGAUCUGGAAGAACUCGCAGGAACCUGCUGUGCAGUAUGGAGUUUUGGCCAGCAACAACCGGCUAGGAUUCGCUGUUGUGAGAUCGGAAGGCGUUGACCGGCUGCCAAAAAGUGAAACAUGGAGCGUCGACUGA